GUCGGAUACAGAUAGGGUGAGGAUAGUGUUCCUAUUUUUCAAGAAUCAAGGGUUGAAAACGCUGAGACCCAUCUCCAGAUGAAGGUUGAAGACCCUCUUAUAGCAUUAGAGGAUUGAAGUUGUUCUCUUAGCUUUCUGGUUCUCAAAAGUUCAAGGCCUAAGCUUCAAGGAGAUAUCUUUGACAAUGAGGGCAGCAAUCCUACAAAACAACCUAAUGCACUUUAAUCCUACAUUUUCCUGCUGUCUGAAACCCUCAUUUCAGUUAAGAGAGAUGCGACUCAAGGAUUUUGAUAUUAAUAUCAAUAGAAGAAUAGGAGCAAUAGCGGCAUUAAGCCUAGUAUUGUUAGCAAAAGAUUCAAUUUCUACUAAACUUGCAUAUGGGUUCGACUUUCAACUGGUGGCACCUGAUCAGACAAUUGAAGAGGCAGAGAGUGGUAUCAUUGGACAUGCACAAGCUUUAUUACAAGUGAAAGAACUGAUAGAGUCAGAGUCAUGGGGACAAGUGCAAACAGCUGUCCGGAAGAGCUCGCCGUUCUUGAAGCAGGACAUUUAUACCAUUAUUCAACAAAAACCUGGAAAUGAGAGGCCCCUAUUGAGGAAACUGUAUUCCAAUCUCUUCAACAAUGUUACAAGACUUGAUUAUGCAGCAAGGGACAGAGAUGCAUCACGAAUUCGUGAAUGCUAUGAGAAUAUUGUGAUGGUUCUUAAUGAAGUUUUAUCUAGACUAUAAGUAUCACACAACUGUUUCAUUCCUUAUUUUCUUUCCUGCAAUAUUUGAGCAUCAAAAGAUGGCAUGUAGAUGAAAUUACAUGUAAUAUAGCAUUGCAGGGUCGUCCUAGGGCCCUUCUGUUACAUCCAGGCUGCUGAUUUUAUAGAAAGCAUCUUGCAAGAAAAAUGGUCUCACAUGAAAAUUAAGGUAAAUUAAUAGCCGAAAUUUUUUUUUUCAAGCAUCUAGAGGAAGACAAGGUCAAGCUUAGGUAAAUCCCAUUGCCUCUUGGCAGAUGUAGUCUGCCGUUUUCUCAUUGAGAUUCAGUUGAGUUUCAUGUGGUACCCUGGAUUAGUAAGAAUAUUGAUUGAAGGAAGUGUGAUGACUCAAUUGUGUGUGUCCAAAAUAAAACGGAUUUGCCAUUUCUAUUUAUCCACCCUUUUCUUGUUCGAGUGAUAUCCGAGCUCUAUGGAGUAUUCGUUAUGUUGGGGUUAGUGUCUACAGAACAUAUGAGACAUAGAAGAUACAUCUACAUAUUUUAAUAAGGGUGGUGACAUACAGACCCCGGGGCAGUGAGUUUUUGGGAUCCGCGGUGGUGGAAGAGAGCAGUGUGCCAUUAUACUAUGUCCCUAUUCCAGAUUCCUUCUAGUGUGACAACAAGGAUUGAGAGACUGAUGAGAGACUUCUAAUGGGAGGGCAAUGAAAGAUCAUUUAAUAACUUGGGAUUUGGUGAAGUGAAAGAAGAGGCGAUUUGGGGGUGGGGAAUUUGGUGAAAAAGAACCGGCUUUUCUUGGGAAAUGACUAUGGAGGUUCCAGGGGUAAAGAAACUCAGUAUACGCAGUCAUUAAAAGAAAAUAUUGGCUGCAAGCAAAUGGCUGGGAUUCUAAUAUCGUGUAGCUUUCUUUCCUUUCCUUUCCUUGUUUGUACAGAUUAUGUCAAAAUCAUGAUUUUCUAUUGCCAGUAUGUGUGUCAACUCUUGUUUCGUUACUGUUAA